UGAGGGAGAAGGAGGCUGAGGGUGAGGUAGAGCUGUAUUUUUGGAUGAAGGACUCCCGAAAUAAGCGAGCUGGAAUAAAGAUGUAGUGUGAGUGGGAAGCAGAACAAGUAGUGUGCUGUGCUGCAGAGUGUGGUGGAGUGGGGCAGACCGGGAGCAGGGGGGGGACUGACGGACACACAGGCGGCCUGACGGAGCUGCAGGGGUGACUCCAGUGGGGGAGACAGAGCCUGAGCGGUCCACUGGAUCAGGAAGAUGCCCUCUCGCUGUAGGACUGUGCUGCAUAUCGUGACGACCACCCUCUUUGCCGCUGUGGUCCUUUUUGGGAUCCUGCUGGCUUACGUGACUGGCUACCAGUUCAUCCACACAGAGCAGCACCACCUGUCUUUCGGCCUGUACGGAGCCAUCCUAUCUCUGCACCUCUUCCUCCAGAGCCUGUUUGCCUUCCUGGAGCACAGACACAUGCGCAGCCCCGCCCAGCCCCAGCACCUGCGGCGCUCUGUGGCCCUGUGCAUCGCUGCCUACCAGGAGGACCCAGACUACCUGAGGAAGUGCCUCCGCAGCGUGCGCCGCAUCUCUUUCCCCGGCCUGAAGGUGGUGCUGGUGGUGGACGGGAACAGGCCGGAGGACGGCUACAUGAUGGACAUCUUCCAGGAGGUGAUGGGUGGAGCGGAACAGGCCGGCAGUGUGGUGUGGAAGGGGAACUACCACAGUGACGGGGGCGGGGGUGGAGGGGUGGGCGGAGGGGGGGCCAGAGCAGCGUCCCUGCAUGCGGAGGAGGCUGCACGUGUGGCCAGGCUGGUGAGGAACUGUCGCUACUCCUGUAUCAUGCAGGAGUGGGGAGGGAAGAGAGAGGUGAUGUACACAGCUUUCAAAGCCUUGGGAGACUCUGUGGACUAUAUGCAGGUGUGUGACUCAGACACAGUUCUGGACCCAGCGUGCACCAUAGAGAUGCUGAAGAUUCUAGAAGAGGAUGCAAAGGUGGGGGGAGUAGGUGGAGAUGUUCAGAUCCUGAAUAAGUAUGACUCGUGGCUCUCCUUCCUGAGCAGUGUGCGUUACUGGAUGGCCUUCAACGUGGAGCGGGCCUGCCAGUCCUACUUUGGCUGUGUGCAGUGUAUCAGUGGUCCCCUGGGCAUGUACCGUAACUCCCUGCUGCAGCAGUUCCUGGAGCCCUGGUAUCACCAGACCUUCCUGGGCAGCAAGUGCAGUUUCGGUGACGACCGCCACCUCACCAACCGUGUGCUCAGCUUCGGCUACAAGACCAAGUUCACCGCUCGCUCCCAGUGCCAGACUGAAACGCCAACGCGCUACCUCCGCUGGCUCAACCAACAGACCCGCUGGAGCAAGUCCUACUUCAGGGAGUGGCUGUACAACGCCCUCUGGUUCCACAAGCACAGCCUCUGGAUGACCUACGAGUCUGUGGUGACAGGCUUCUUCCCCUUCUUCCUGGUUGCCACAGUGAUCCACCUGUUCUACCGCGGGCGCCUGUGGAACAUCCUUCUCUUCCUGUUGACAGUGCAGCUGGUUGGCAUGGUGAAGGCUACCUACGCCUGCUUCCUGAGGGGCAGUCUGGUCAUGAUCUUCAUGUCUCUCUACUCCCUCCUCUACAUGUCCAGCCUGCUGCCAGCCAAAAUCUUUGCCCUGCUCACUAUCAACAAGGCUGGCUGGGGCACAUCAGGACGGAGGAAGAUUGUGGUGAACUUCAUUGGGGCUGUGCCUGUCACAGUGUGGGGGGUUGUGCUGCUGGGUGGGGUUGCCUACACCAUCUACUGUGAGACCCAGGAGCCCUUCAGUGAGACAGAGAAAGCCCUGCUCAUCGCUGGGGCCAUCCUGUACGCCUGCUACUGGGUCAUCCUGCUGGUUCUUUACCUGGCUAUAGUAGCCAAACGCUGCAACAAGAGGGAGGAGCAAUACCACCUGCCGUAUGCAGAGGCAUAAGACAUGAAUCAAUGAUCAGUGUUUCAAUGGUGCUGCUGGAACAGCUGAGCCAGUUUUUGGCCCCACCCCUCUCAUGCCAUUCUGUCUCCGUGGUGCUAAACCUCUGGUUCUAAGGGACAUAUGUGGUAUGAAUGUGUUGUAGAGUGCUCUACCAGUGGUCAUGAGUUACAAGGGCAUGGUGCUUUCCAUAGAUAUAAAGCACAUUAUCAUACAACCCGUUUACAAGAGAUUGUAAGAGCUAUGACACAGGCCUGGGGGUUUGGGCUUAUCAAAACAAGUAUAUGUGUCAGUAUGAAGCAGUGUUGAUAUGUCUCCAGCCUGAGUUGAAUGACUGAACAUAGAGACAGUAAGACACAUGUACAGAGGGCCCUCUUUGCCUCAAUCAGGUGACACAAUGAUCUACAGUUGUAUUUAUUUAAUACAGUAAUUUAAAGACAAUCCAACAUGUAUACAUAACCCAUAAAUACAUUUUUGGUGCUGUUGAACAGUGCCCAAGAUAAAAGUUUAGCUCAUAUGGUAAUAGUCCAAUCUUCCAAUGCCUGCAAGGAUAUUUAAAUCCAAUUAAAUGAGUCAAUUAAUUUUGUGUGGGCAUUUUAUUGUAUGAGUGCCACAUUGUAUACACAUUACAUAGAGUAUCAAUGCUCAGUACAGGAUAUAAUUUACCAAUUUACCAUUCAUUCCAUCAUGUAAACUGCUAUGACCAAAGACCACUUGUUUUUUGACCGCAUGCCUGACCAUUAGUAUAAUGCAAGUACUAACUCCACAUUGCUGUUAUUAGUUGUUAAAUCCAGAAUAAGAAAAUAGAAAACCAUGAUCCCCUUUUAACAAGGCCAUUGGUAUUAGUGUAGGUACCAUGUCUAAGUUGACAUGUUUUUGUUGUUGGAGAAUGGAGAUACUGUAUGUUUUUGUUGUUGGAGAAUGGAGAUACUGUGUGUUUUUGUUGUUGGAGAAUGGAGAUACUGUAUGUUUUUGUUGUUGGAGAAUGGAGAUACUGUAUGUUUUUGUUGUUGGAGAAUGGAGAUACUGUAUGUUUUUGUUGUUGGAGAAUGGAGAUACUGUAUGUUUUUGUUGUUGGAGAAUGGAGAUACUGUGUGUUUUUGUUGUUGGAGAAUGGAGAUACUGUAUGUUUUUGUUGUUGGAGAAUGGAGAUACUGUAUGUUUUUGUUGUUGGAGAAUGGAGAUACUGUGUGUUUUUGUUGUUGGAGAAUGGAGAUACUGUAUGUUUUUGUUGUUGGAGAAUGGAGAUACUGUAUGUUUUUGUUGUUGGAGAAUGGAGAUACUGUCGUGGAAAUUUCCACUCUUGUGCUUUUUAAGUUGUGUCAAUAUUAUUUUAUUCAGUGAGAAUUGCAUAACUUGAAAGUGCAAACAAGACACAAGAAACAACACUUGUUUACAGGGUUGUUCAGCCUCUGGCACAGUAGGUCAAUUUGACGGUACAGUAUAUUUCCAUGACCACACAGUCUGAGUAGAUAUUAAAGUACAA